AUGAUCAUCAACCCGAACCACCAGCAUCUGAAUGAGUCGACUGAGGACCUCGACGGCACGGAGCUAGCCACCGCCGCCGCGGCUGCGCUGAGCGGGCAGCGCACAUCGGUCGACUCGCCUCCCGCCGCUGACGGCCCAGAUCCGCCUCGCAACCCGCGGCCGCCUACCGACAUGCGGGCCCAGUCCUUCAACGACGACCUGCUGCCCGAGCGGAGGAGAGAGAUGACCGGCGCGCCUGCGGACGCGAGGACACGGCCGCGCCGCCGACCGACGCCGGCGAGCCUGGGCAACGUGUACGAGAAGCGGUACCACGAGACGGUCAUCUCGGUGGCGAUCUCGGCGGACGACAGCUUUUUCGCCGCGGGAGGAGCCGGCCGCAAGGCGAUGGUCUGGCGCGUCGAGGACGGCGAGCUGUUCGCCUCGUUCGAGACGCGCGACACGAUCACCUCGAUCGCCUUUGUGGGCGACGCGCUGCUGGCGGGCACCUUUGACAAGCGGCUGCAUGGCUUCUCGCUGCGCAUCAGCGCCGCGAGCGAGCAGGGCGGCGCCGGCGAGCGGUCUCUCUUCAACCAAGAGCUGUUCAGCGAGUCCUUCCCAGGCCAGGUCACCGCCAUCUCCUGCGCCACCGACUCCGCCGACAGAGGCAGCGAGAGCGCGCUCAUUGCCGUCGGAGGCACCGACCGCAACGCGCAAGGCGACGUGCUCGCGGUGGCGCUCUCCUCGUCUGGCUCGCUGCUCGCCAUCGGAGGGGAGUGCUCGCUGCUCGCCAUCGGAGGAGAGUGGAACCUGGCGGAGGUGCACGCGCUGACCCCGCUCGAGAGCCGGCAGAUCGCGACCUUUCGCUUGCGCGCCAUCGACGUGGGCGGGGUGGUGCACUCGCUGGCCUUUGCGCCGUUCGCCGACAGCGCCGGCCCCGCCUCGGGCUUCUCGCCGCCUCCCUCCCCCGCCCCCUUUUCGGCACACGUGGAGAAUCCAAGUCGGCAGAGCUGCACACGUGGAGAAUCCAAGUCGGCAGAGCUGUGA